CGCGACAGUUGGGCCGUCCAGAACCAUUUUGCACGAUCACUGUGUUUCUUCGAGCUUUGUCGUAAUCGAGGCGACUUGAGUGCUCAGAGUCAAGCGAGUGUACUUAAAAAUUAGGAUUUUAUAUAAUGAGGGACUUUGCCGCGUCUUUAAUUGGGCGGAUGUGAGCAUUCGACAUGAUCCCCGAAGCGCAAGCCACUACCAUAAUAGUUACGUGCAGUGCGAGGUGAGCUAAGCUUCGCCGCCUAACCGCGGCCUGAAAAUGUGGCGGCUCGUUAAGGGUUUACUGCGGUGCGCGUGUGUGAGUGUUUGUACAGCGAUCAUUUGAGCGAGAACCGGCGGCGCUUCUUUGUGCGCGGUAUCUGCUAGCUGGCGCGUACGUGGCGCCAAUCCCCUAGCUCGUGCGAUUGUGUGCAGUAGGUCGCCCACUUAGCGCGCAUUGUGCAGAUUUGCAUGUACGCUCAGUACGCUCCUUUCUAUCGUCUGUGUCUCUUCGCGCCCACGUCGUUGAUUGUGCAGGCAGUGCGCGACUGCGGCACGUAGCAUGUAGAGCCUGCGCCCGUCGACUUUGAUCUACGGGCGUGAAAUGUCGGCGGCGCGUUUGUGGUAUUAAAAGCGUGUGGUGAGCUUCCGACGGCACUACGGGUCAACGCCGCAUGAGCUGCCGGUCAGAGUAUAAGAACCUCUUUAUUGUUAGCGUACUGCUUGGCGGUAACAGGUGUCCUGCUUGGGUUCAGAUUACUGGAUAUGCCGUCACUUGAACCUCGGCGGCCGGAGCAGGACUGCGGCUGCGGUCGUUUCAUUGCCAACUGUGAGGAUGAAGCAGCUUCAUGGCCGGAGAUCGGGCGCCUCCCAUCAGUUUCCCUUUUCAGCAAUAGAGGCCUUGGAGGCCUUUCUACCUGCGUUUCAUCCUGUGGCUGGACCACUCCAACGAUCUCGGCAGAAUGGUUACACAGGAAGAAGUCUGGCUGGCCCCAAGCCUGGUGCAAAAUGAAGAAAUGGCACUCCACAUCAAUUCAUGUUUACUUGUCGUCAUAA